GAUUCUGUUUUUUGGAAUUCUCCGAUCGAGUUUAGAUUAGACCAUGAUGAACUCAACUCACCUCAACUAAUACAAAGUUUAUUUCCUUAAAAUUACCUUUAUUUUCUCACUUCUAUUCAGUUAAUUAAAUUUGUUUUACAUUGUCCAAGUGGCUGCUUUUUUAUUUUUAUUUUAAUAUUUUUUGUUGGGUUGGUUUAUUGAUAUAAUUAGUCAUCACAGCCAGUUACCAAUUCCACAGAAAACCGGUGCACAUGUAACUCAAAUCCCCAGUGCUUCUUUCUGUGUGUGUUGUCCACUGUCUUACAACUCAUUGAUGCCCCUCAAUUAUAUAAAAUGUUUGUGUUUUUUUUGCAUAAACAGGUGCAUGGCUAUGGCGGUUUAUAUGUAUAUAUGGCUUUAGUUGCAUGGCAGGUCACUGGUUAAAAUUGUUGAAGAUUCUCUCAUCAAUUGGGGCAGAGUGAUUAAGAAGCAAGCAAUGGGUCGAUUCAAAGAUUACAAGCCAGCAAUGGCCAUGCUUGCACUGCAGUUCACCUAUGCUGGGGUUAAUCUCUCAACCAGAGCUGUUCUCAUGGAAGGCGUCAGUCCAAGAGUCUUUGUUGUCUACAGGCAAGCAGUUGCCACUCUCGCAAUUGCUCCUUUUGCUUACUUGGCAAGGAGCAAAACAAGUGAAUCGUCGUGUUUGGGAUGGAGGAGCUUUUGGACGAUUUUCUGGGCUUCUCUUGUCGGAGUAACAAUCAACCAGAACAUCUUCUUCGAGGGUCUAUACCUAGCCUCAUCGUCGCUGGCAAGUGCAAUGGGAAAUCUGGUCCCUGCCAUAACUAUUGUGAUUGCUUCCUGUACUGGAUUGGAGAAAUUAAACAUAGGAAGCAUGAGAAGCGUGGCCAAGAUCAUAGGGACGAUGUUGUGUGUUGGGGGAGCCAUUUCAAUGGCGCUGUUCAGAGGACCAAAGCUACUCAACUCGGAGGAGCCGUUGAAGCAGCUGAUGCCAUCAUCAAAAUCUCUUCUUGGAUCGUGGUCGGGAGGUGACUGGUUGCUUGGUUGUCUCUUUCUCUUUGGAAGCAGUUGUUGCUGGUCCCUUUGGCUAAUUUUGCAGGUGCCGGCGUCAGCGAGCUGUCCAGACAGCCUAUCAUUAUCAGCUUGGACGUGCUUCAUGGCGACACUGCAAUCAGCAGCAGUUGCCAUCUUCAUAGAGAACGAUGCAAAUUCUUGGAAGCUACAUUCUUAUCUUCAACUCACUGGCUGCUUAUAUUCCGGAAUUAUAGGAUCAGCAUUUUCCUUCGUGAUUCAAGCAUGGUGCAUAUCUCUCCGAGGGCCUUUGUUUUCGGCAAUGUUCAACCCUCUCUGCACUGUUAUAGUCUCUUUUUCUGCUGCUGCCUUUUUACAUGAGAAGAUCUAUGCUGGAAGCUUGAUAGGUACAGUUGGUGUGAUUGGAGGGUUGUAUGUUGUGCUAUGGGGUAAAGCCAAAGACCUAAUUGAAGAUGAAGAUCAGCUUCGAAAACCAGUUUUGCAAAUUAGGGUUGAUGAUGAGAGCAUGAUCCUCAGCUCUGAAAUUAUUGAUCUGGAGAAACCCCUUCUGUCUGACAAAUCUGAAGGAGAUGAAGAUGUGCAGUCAGAUGAAUGAUUAGUAUAGUAACUGUUGAUUAAGCUGAGAAACAUUACUUGCUUAUAUAUAUUAUUAAUUAGCCUUCAACAGUAAUUAACAGGAAAGCAAGCUGUAGGACCAUUUUGGAAUAAGGCAGAUGAUUUUGUAUGAUAUUUCAAACUAAAUCUUGUUUCCUCUUUAAUUACUUUAGCAGCUAGCAAUUAAAGCAUUACUGGUUGCUUCAGAUUAUCCAUCUCCAUCCUUUGAAGUUGACUUUGUUGUAGUCUCU